UGUUGCAUAAAGGCUCUGCUUCUGACCAAGCUCUGUUUUAUUUUUAGGAGCAUAGCAUUGUGUUUAAAAUGGAAGUUGACAUAAAUGGAGAGUCCAGAACUACCCUCUCCACCCUCCCUGUGCCUCUUGCAGAGGUGAGUCCUGCGGGCAGGAUGGAAGCAGAGAAGCCCCGCUGUUCCAGUACCCCCUGCUCACCAAUGCGACGGACGGUUGCGGGAUACCAGAUCCUUCACAUGGAUUCUAACUACCUGGUUGGCUUCACGACUGGAGAGGAGCUGCUGAAAUUAGCCCAGAAGUGUACAGCAAGUGAAGAGAAUAAAGGGGAAUCUGGGCCAAACUUGCGCUCCAAACAGCUUGAUUCAGGACUUACACGUUCUUCCCGUUUGUACAAAACUAGAAGCAGGUACUAUCAGCCAUAUGAGAUCCCAGCAGUAAAUGGAAGGAGAAGGAGAAGGAUGCCCAGCUCAGGGGAUAAAUGCACUAAGGCUUUACCGUAUGAACCUUACAAGGCACUUCAUGGUCCCCUUCCUCUUUGCCUUUUAAAAGGUAAAAGGGCUCAUUCAAAAUCCCUGGACUACCUCAAUUUAGACAAAAUGAGCAUUAAGGAACCUGCUGACACAGAAGUGCUACAAUACCAGCUCCAACACCUUACCCUUAGAGGGGACCGUAUGUUUGCAAGAAAUAACACAUGAGCUAUCAUCUCAAAUCUAGAACCAGUUUCUGAUUACUUCUCUGUUGCUGCAAAAAUCCACUGUUGUACUGUGUACAUGACUGUCCACAUUGUAGGUGGUUGUAUCAGCUAAAUGUUAUCAGGAAGUAAUUUGUCUGAAUAGAAUCUUGGCAAUGCAAUGUGUUACAAAUACUUGGAGGG